AUGGAACAAACAGGGCGGCGUUCGGUAGUUGAGGCGAUAGGCGCCGACGAGGAAAGUAAGGCCCGAAGGAACAGCUAUGCGGAAACAGGGGGGAAACCUAAACCACCCAGGGACUGGAGCAACAGUCUGAUCCAUUCACACUAUAUGUCGGCACCCGCGGUUUGGGACCGGAAAACCUCGUCGGUGCGAAAAAUGAUUGUAGACUCGCAUGGCCCUAUAGCCACUCCGCCCCGACGUACCAUUCCACUUGGCGACCAGACGACCGAGGUGUACAGCCGGCCGACGGGCCGAAGACCGGGCAGAGAUAAGUAUGGCACAGAACCUACGCCUGCGGUGCACGGCGCACCCAAACGCGUGCGCCGCGGCACCCCCGAGAUCGGUCUAUUGCACGGUCGUCGCAAAACGGCGAAAGUAAGCGAACAGCCCGCCCCACUGGCUCGCGCGCACAGGCGCCAGUCGCGCGAGGACCGGGCGCGAGGUGUGAGAGACCUGGCCUCCACAAAAGACUCGCGUGCCGCGUCGCAUGCUGUCCGUCGCCGUGGGAACGGCAGCGCCGCCAUCACCAGGUGCGAGACCGGCGCCGCUGGUGAUGCCGCGCAUAAACUCCAGGCGGAACAGGCCCACUCCAGAGCCGGCUACUUGGAACCCAUUCACCUCGGCAAUACAUUCUCUAUGCACACCAUUUUUCACGCACACCACUAUGCACCGGGUGAUGCAUCAACUACUUUCAAGAAAUCUACUACAUCGUCUCAUUACCUCCACCGCACCCAACGUCGCGUGCUUCUCAUAGGACGCCUACCGACGUCAUUUACAUCUCCAUUGGAGUUUGCGGUGGGAGACUCUUCAAGUGGUAGAAACCUAGUCAUGUGCUACGCUUCUUUGUCACAGAUGGACGCGGCGGUUCCAUUUGCCGUCAGGUAUGUACGACAGGACAGCGAAGCAGCGCAGAUACCACGGCGCGGUGGGCGGGGCUUGGCGCGGCGCGGCGCGGCGCGGCGCGGCGCGGAGCAGAGGCCUGCCCGAAAUCGACGACGAAGAGCAGGUCGAGAGGUCGACGUGGAGUCGAGCGGCCUCGAGUGCCCUGGAAAGGGCUCGAAGACGCUAAAUCAGCGACCCACUUCGGCGCGACUCAAAGAAAUCUGGCGCCGCGUUUGA